AUGACAAAAAGAUAAAGACUGACUGGCUCAUUAGUCAUGAAGCAAACAUUCCUGCUUUUUACAACCAGGCUUUUGUUUUUGUAGUUUUGGCCAUUAGUUUUGCAGAGUUCAGUGAGUUUGUGAAGAGAGAGUUUAAACUAUGAAAACAGAUGACACAGUGAUCUUACAGUAGCCAUCACCAACUUCAUCCCCUCUAUCUGUAGCCUAGUUGAAGAGACUACUUUCAAGACCACCCACACACACAGCUGUCACUGCCUGACUGCAGGUAAAUAACGAGAACGGGGGGUCACCUGAAGGUCCGACUCUCCUCCUCCUCCUCCUCUUCCUCCUCGGCCAUCACAUGCCGUGGUCACAGUCCACGUCCCGGCAGAUGUACCAUAAGAUCACAUAGAGGAUGAGCAGGAUGGCGAAGAUGAAGAGAGCCACCAGGAUCGCCUUGGACACGGGAGAGAUGAGAGACUGCAUCUCAGCUGAGGGGAUCCUCCGUCUGCACGCGCUGCCUGUGUCGCUGUGAGACAUUACAGUCAAUAUGAAGUUUGGCUUGAGGAUCACUUUCCUUCUAUUUCUGGUUACUGGAACAGUAACAGUAAAAGGAUCUGAUCUCUCUGAUGCCCUGGAUGACAGUGAUUCCAACCACCAAACUGCUGCUGACCGACCAAAGCGUUGGAGUGGACUUCAUUUGUUUGACUUUCUUCGUGGUGACGGAAACCUUAAAACGUCACCUGAACCUACUUAUCCCACUUCAGAUCCCAUACCUUCCAGUACUGCUGCAGGAAGUGAGUCCACACAUCUUCCAACUGGAAACCUUAAAACGUCACCUGAACCUACUUAUCCCACUUCAGAUCCCAUACCUUCCAGUACUGCUGCAGGAAGUGAGUCCACACAUCUUCCAACUGAUGACUUUGGAUUCAGUCUGGACGAUGCUCUGCAUCCAGCUGUGACACCUAGUGAUGAACCCGCUGGAGGAGAUUGCCAUGGCGACAUGGUCCAAAAACUGAGCACAAUCAUUGAAAAUCAAAAUCAGGAACUGCUCCUGCUGAUGCAGCUGGUGGCUCACUCAUUUUCACAGAAUGUGCACUAAGUGACAUUUCUGGGACCUCGAGAUCUCUCCAGCGCGGAGGCAGGAAGAGGAAGGGUUGGAUGAUGACGACUUCCUGAAUAUGCCUGAACUUAAUCCUAUUACCUGAAUAUUAAACAUUUAUAUGUCAUUAAAAUAA